AUGAGUGCUCCUCACACGCUGAGUGAAGCGGAGGCUUUGGACAUAGUCCCCAGCUCCAAUCCUGCUUCCCAGGCCUGUCCUGAGGCAGAGGAGAUCUUUUGGCAGGUCACCCACAAAAAGAGCGAGACUGAUGUAUCUUUAGUAGAUGACUUCACCAAAGCCGCAGGAAGUGACAUGAGUGUGGGCCACGAAGAGCUCCUGCUGGAGGAAUUGCUGGCAAGCUCUCCCCUGCCCCAGUUCAAGAAACACAUGCCGACUUUACGAGUCAAACUGAGCCGAUUGAAAGCUGUGUUGGUGUUGGACCCACUACAAACUCCAAUGGGAGGUUCCCUGUCUGAGGAUAUGAUUUUUGGGAGAUGUGUGCCCUAUGAUAUCAGUUCAUGUGGUGAUACAAACAGCUCUCAGAUGAGGUCAAGUGAUACAGAGGAGUUUAGCAAAGUGUCACCUCGGGAUGAAGAGUCCUUAAUGUUGCUUGAAGUGGAAUCCUGCAGCAUGCACAAAGAAUCCUUCAACACAUCUCUAGCUCACCUUUCUAGCAUUCUACAAGUAAGAGAAGAACCUGUGGGAGACCAGGUGUCUUCAGUGGAUAUGCUUAAAAAAGUGACCCCAGCAGAUCUACAGGAAAUGCAUCAUUUUAGAACCCUUGACGCUCCUAGUAACAGCUUGGACACUCUCAACCCAUUAGACCCAAAGAGCCCAGUUCCUCUUAGGCUGUACCCAGAGCUGGAGCUCGAUGUACCCUUCUUCCCAGUUCCUGGCCCUCAGAGGCCCGAGCUGCGGUUGCCGAACAGUCAUCUUCAACCGGAGCCUUUGCCCCCCAUCUACAGACAUUGGCUAGUGUCAGAUGAAGAACGAGAGGAGUCAGAGCAGGUUCUGUGGUCCUCAGAGAAACAGCAUAACGCCAUAGGAGGUUUUCUUCUGGCUGAGCCUUCUAGUCUUGAACGUUUUGAGAAGAACCAACCACUGACUGAUGCCUUAAAACUCUUGGGCAUCUCAGCACCAAAACAGGAGGUUGGACUCACUGGAUUGCCUGAACAGCUCCAGUCUCUGGUUAAAGGCUGCGUUGAAUUUCCAGAGGAUAUGACAGCUGAGCCACUCAGUAUUGAGAAAAGGGAUUUAGUUAAGCCAGAGGACUUCACAGUGCUGUCAGGCUCAGAGAUUGAUGCAAAACCCACCCAGCCUCCCGCCACCUCUGUCCAGGGAGACCUGAAGCGGCAAGCGGUACCCUCUCAGCAGGAGGAUGGGGCCGCCGUGAAGAAGCUCAUCAUGGAGAGGAUGGCUUGGCCCGCUGAGAUCUCAACGCCUGCCUGGGAGCAUGCCCCCUCAAUCAAGACACAGGAGAGAGUGGCCAACUUCGCUCCGGCGAGUCACCCUCCAAAGGAGCUUCCCAGCAGAACUUCAGAGCACAAGCCAGUGACGCACUCUGACCUCUUGAGCUCGUUCAUGAUGCUCAGACAACAGCAGCGUGUGCUGGAGUCUUCGGAGAAGACCAGCUCCACUCUGACAGGUGCAGCAGGAGACAAAAAUGUACAGGUAAAGAGGUUCACCAACCAGAGACCCACGGAGCAGAGGCCAGGUGAGGGCAGUCGGCCUCUGGUGACGGGGACGGCGUCCUCCUCAGGCCCUCCAGAGAGAGGCAGCUCCUCCGCCGUCCAGGGAACCCACAGUAUCACAGCCUCUACAGGUCAGGCUAGCAGAGCAAGCACUCCUGUUGGUCAGACCGACAGAGCCAGUACUCCCAUCGCGUCAGAUAGCAGAGAUGGCAAGGCUGAGGCUCAGGUACCCGCUGAGAGGGACAAUAAAAACUGCAGGGUCAUACCUGUUCAGGCCACAGAGAGCCAGCUGCUGGCCCUGCGGGCGGUGCAGGCGGUGGGAGAGCCGUGCUUCUCCAGGGCGCUGGAGCUGGGCCUGAGUGCCACCGGCGGCUGCAGGGACUUCAGCAGCCUGGACACGGAACGCAGCCUCUUCCUGCUCAAACAGCAGCAGAAGCAGCUCUCCGUCAUGCCAGGUCUGGAGCAGCUGUAUGUGGAGGUGGCUUUGCUGCACACCCUCGCCACUGUGAAGGAGCUGGUGCUUCAGUGCGGAGUCGGCAGAGCUUGUGAUUACCUGGCUAAGGCCAAAACCGCCCACGAGACAGAUGCCUUGGAGCACCUGCACAAAAAGUACCUGAUCUGGCAGUUCCACAGCCAGAAGAACUUGGAGCCGGACCCCAAACUCCUGGAGCUCCAGGAUGUGAUGAGAUCAUGGCUGCAGUCUGUUGCCACCCAGCAGCCCCUCUCAAAAGUGCUCUUACUGAUUUCUAGCAACUCUGACUCUGUGAGGACGCUGCUAAUCGGAAGUCUUAGUGAGAUAUCAGGAGAGGGUGUGGUGGAUGCAGUUGUGUCUGAAGAAAACUGCUGGCAGGUAGAUGGCAAGAAGGUGUUGAACAGCCUGAGGCGCAGCAGCUGGGUGGUGGUGUGCAGCCUGCACCUGGGCCCGGACUUCCCCUGGCACGCCUUCUCCGUGGUGGUGGAGUACGACAGCCUGGGCCACACGCCCUGGCCCUCCAUCUGCAGCGAGAGGAGCAUCAGCUACGUGACCUUCGCCACUGUCACCCCAGCCUCGGACACGACAGCCCCACCAUCUCCAUCAACUGAUCUGGAGAGAAUCCCUUUCACGCUGUUUGUGACUGAGGGUCUGCUGGAUCGCUCAUCUUUACUGCAGACGCUGGAGUCCGUGUAUAACCUGACCAUGAUAGAAAGGAGCCAGUCUCCCUCGCUGAAGAUGCUCGGGGGAGCUCAUCAAUAUGCUGUGAUUACAGUCGACGAGAGCACGGCGGUGCUCCUGCAGGAGGUGGACGAGCUGGCGACGGAGCGAGCGAGUGAGCGGGUGGUGAUGCGUCUGAUCGCUCUCUCCCUGCAAUACAGCAGCUGUUGGUUCCUCCUGCAUCUCCCCAGCGCUCGCUACUCAUGCGUCUCUGUGCAAAUCUUGACCAACUUGGCGUUAAUCUACUCAGCUGUGGUACUCUUUGGAUUGAAGUCUGAAGAAUUCAGCGUCAAGGUUUUGGUUGUAUCAGAGGAGGAGGAUAUUGCCAGAUGGAUUUACCAGAUAGCCCAUCACAGCAUGAUGUCAUCAGAGGGCGACCCUCAGCGUUAUCUGGACAGAGAGUGGUUAUCGGUGCUGCCCUCACAGGAUGAGGACAGUCUGAUGCGCUUCCCCAGUGUGAAUCCGCUGGUGGCCCAGAUCAUGCUGAAGAGGGCCCCCUCCCUGCGCUGGCUCCUGGGAGCCUCCCUCACAGAGCUGCAGCAGCUGCUGCCGGAGGUCCCUCACAAAGUUAUCAAGCUCUUCACAGACACCACAGGUCUGUAUCCUCUGGGCUCCCCUGCUCCCCAGCCUAACCCCGUGCCUGACCCCGAGCCCCAGCCCCAGCCCCAGCUCCCUCAGAUGGGGCGGACCAGCGCACAGGACCCCUGGGCUUCAGCUGUCCAACCACAGGCGUCCCACUACAGCCACAGUCCCCAGGAAGAAGCCCUCUUCCACAAGACUUCCAGUGCUGGUCAGAGCGAUGCCCGCUUCCAUAAGAAAGAGGAAUGGGGGCGAGCAGGGAAUUCUACAGCUGGUCUGAGCGAUGCUUUCUUCCAGAAGACCUCCAGUGCUGGUCAGAACAGUGCCCUCUUCCAUAAGACUUCCAGUGCUGGUUCCAGUGCUGGUCAGAACGAUGUCCUCUUCCACAAGACUUCCAGUGCUGGUCAGAACGAUGUCCUCUUCCACAAGACUUCCAGUGCUGCUUCCAGUGCUGGUCAGAGCGAUGCCCUCUUCCACAAGACUUCCAGUGCUGGUCAGAGCGAUGCCCUCUUCCAUAAGAAAGAGGAAUGGAGACACACAGGGAAUUCUACAGCUGGCCAGAGUCAUGCCUUCUCCCACAGCACACAGGAUUGGGGGCAAGAAGGGAAUUCCUGUACUGGUCAGAAUGAUGCCAUCUUCCACCGGAAAAAAGACUGGGGACACUCAGGAGCAGGUCAGACCAAUGCUGCCUUCCACAGGAAUGAGGAUUGGGAGCAAACAAGGAAUCCCACUGCUGGUCAGACUGAUGCCUAUUUCCACAGGAACGAGGAUUGGGGACAAGCAAGGAGUUCAUCAGAAGUUCAGACUGGUGCCUAUUUCCACAACAAAGAGGAUUGGGAGCAAAAAGAAGCCGGUCAGGCCGAUGCCUUUUUUCACCGGACACAGGAUUGGGGGCAGACAGGGAAUUCCACUGCACGACAGAGUGAUGUCUUUUCCCACAAGACACAGCAUUGGGGGAAAACUGGGAAUUCCGAUCAGACUGAUGCCUUUUUCCAGUGGAAAAAUGAUUGGGGGCAGACAAUGAAUGCCAGCGCUGGUCAAAGGGAUGAUGUCUUUCGCAAGACAGAUGAUUGGGAGCAACCAGGGUAUUCCGAUGCAAGUCAGGCUGAUCCAUUUUUCCAAAGGAAAGGCGAUUUUGGGCAAAGAGAAACAGCUAAGACUGAAGGCGUUUUCCGCAGGAGAGACGAUUGGGGGAUAACAGAGAAUUCCUGUGCUGUUCCGAGCAAUGAUGCCUUCCGUAUUGAAGUCGAUUGGGGCCAAACAGAGAGCCCUUUCAGUCCCACUCCUGCAGCAACAGCAACACCUCCAAUGCCACAGGGCUUCCAGCGUAAGCACUGGCACAUGGGGGUCAAAGAGGACAAGUUCAUCCCACGCACAAACCAAGCACGCGAUUGGACACCGAGGAUUUCACCAAAGGACACUGCGUAUUAUUCGAUAAGGGAAACACAAACCACGAGCCCGUUCGAGAGGAGCUUUUCCAGUGGGCCCCAACCUUCGCCGUACUUCCAGAGUCAGAUGCCUGCUGCCAUACCCUGCGGCCCGGCCCACAGCAUCGCCUCCUCCCCGGUGUCGCGGUGGACGGGCCGACUGAUCUCCGAGGCCUACCGCUUCACACCGGGCGGCGGCAGCAGCAGGCCAGCGGGCAUGAGGGAUGAGCAGGACAGGAAGAGGAGAGCGGAGCUAUCGCCAGCCUCAGGAUACCCAGACACCAAGAAAGCAAAGCUGUUAUAUGAGAAGGUUCCUGGCAGAAGUGAUGGACAGACAAGACUGAGAGUGCUGGGAAGGCUUAUCUUCACGAGCCAGCGCACCACAGCCAGCCCCUCGCUGGAAUGAAGCCCGAGACAAAG